UACUCUUAGAACAACGGCCAUUUUUGUGGGAGUGCAAGAACAGCGGCUUUUAAAACUGAGGGUAGAUAUUCAGGCUUCAUUAAGACCCUAAAUACAAGCCAGCCAGUAAAAUAUGGGAUCUCCCCAGAGGAACACAAUGUUUCAGAUGGUCAAGACAAAUAAAAGUGGAUCCAAGGUAGUUUCAGCACACAGAGGGUCUGAGAUUCCUAGCACAAUCCCUCAGCGGGGACACGGGUUCUCUGUUACCUCAACCCACCGAAGUUCUGUGAGCCCUACACCCCAUCGAAAAUCAGAAGCCAUGUAUCCUGGCACUACUCAUUCGACAUCAGACUCUCGAUCUUUCUCCCCACCGUCAGGACCGGGCCUCUCUGGCAUACCCAUCUCUCGAGGAACUGAGACCCGAUCAAAAAGCGAUGGAAUUCGCUAUGCCUCACCUCAUCGAAGGAGCCAGCAGGUUCAGACAGCAUCUCCCCAGCCUGUGCAUGUGCAGCGGAAUAUUAGUCCAGCCAGAGAUGAAGGAAUACGAAGAGGGGGUGAGAGCAAGUUAUGGCGUGACAACACCCGCUCCCCAUCAACCCCAGAUGUUAAGUCCUCUCGCCGGUUGAGUUUCAUGGACCAGAAGGAUAACUUACAAUUCUUACAAGAAGAAAACCCACCCUCCAAGGUCCAGUACCCACAAGGGGUGAGAGUUCCCCGCAGACCUUUGGUUCACCCAAAGGACGAAGCAGUUCAGACUGAACCCUUCCGAAAAAACUUGACUGCUGCUGAGAUCAGAUCUUCAAGGGUACUCUCUAGCCCACGACAGGGCAGCAGCAAAAUUUUUGCAGACUCUCGGACAGCCCGCAAAAGGACCCUCGGCCAGGAGUCUGAAAUGAGUCAUGCUGGCUCAUCUUACAUAGAACCUAAGAACUUUCAGAGGAAUAUAAAGUUGGACUCAUCUCUCAGACUGUCCGUCCUUAAAGAUCUGGAUGGUGGACACCGAGUGCGUCCAGAGCCUGAGUCUACCCAGAAGUAUCCUGUCCACGGUGAAACCAAGUCCUCCUCAAAGUUCUUUGUAUCAUCAGAAUUGGACUCCAGUAUGAAGUCCUCAGUCCGAGACUCUGAGGCUGGUCGCAGGGUCACCAUCUCCCCAGGGGCACAGUCAGUACAAUCAACUCACCGUGUGACAUCUCGAGCAAUGUUGGGGAGCCCCCCCAAAUUUUCCAUGGGUGUCACUAUGGAGCCCCUCUAUAAACAGCCCACUCAAAGAGCCCCAGAAAUUGUCUCCACAUCUCCAGGACCCUCCCAAAAAACCCCCGUCCAAGCAGAACUGGAACUGACCCCAAGACCCUUACCCCCUCGCUCUUUACCUAGAUAUGGGCCUGACUCCUCAUGGUGGGCCUUACUCAAUCCUGAAGCUGAAACACCCCAAAGCCGGCCGACAACACCUGAUUAUGAUUAUAAGUACUAUCCUCCCUUAGACCCUUUUUUGUACUUCUGUGAAACGGACUCAGAUCCUUGCUGCGAGGAUCUGAUGUUCCAGAAAGAGAAGGCAAGUCCAUCACCACCACCAGCACCAGCAACGCCACCGCCAUCACCACCACCAAAGGAGUCUCGUAGCCGGGUGCCAAUGAGGGAAGUGCCACAGGCUGCCAAGCGCACCUCCAAACAGCCUAUUCAAAGGUUUAGUGCUUUCUUCUUGGAUGUCUCUGAGGAAAUGUACAACCGUGUCAUCUGGUGGCUUAAAGGUAUGCACUCGAGUCAUGUUAUCGGAUUUGAGCCCUGUGUCCACUGUUUUCUGACUGUGACUUUGGGUAAGUUAUUUUACCUCUUCAAUCAUUAGUUUGCCCAUCUAUUAAUGGGAAUAUGGCUUCCUCUUAUGGUUCUUGUGAAGACUAACCAAGCUAUGAUAUGAAAAUCACUUAGCGUGGUGCCUGGCCGCAGUGAG